GGACGUGCAGCGCCUGAUGGCGCUCCCCUUCGUCCCCAUCCCGGAGCUGGACGCGACCUUCGACGCCGUGGUCGACGCGAUGGACGACCGGGUCGUGCCUCUGGCGACGACAAUGGAGAGCACCUACCUCCGGGGUGCUACCUUGCGCCGUCGCCGAGCAGUGCCUCCCCGCUUCCCUCCUGCGCUGUGGAACGUCCACCAGCAGGCCGUGGACGACCAAGCGAGGACCAACAACGUCGUGGAAGGCUGGCACUCCAAGUUCCAGAAGCUCCUCGUCGUGCACCACGCCAACAUCUGGAAGUUCCUGGACGAGGUGAUCGACGAGGAGCACGACUUCCGCCAGCUACUCGCCCAGCUGCGCGCGGGGCACAUCAACAUCAAGCAGCCGACCAACAAGAAGUGCCAACAAGAUGUGCCAGCGGCGACUGCAUAACCUGGCCAACAGCUUCGAAGACUACAAGGAGAGGGAUGAGGUCAUGCGCUACCUAGAGGCUGUUGCGUACAAUAUUAAAAUCCAUGAGUGACUUGGACAAUAAAGUAUGAACUACGUUG